UAAGAUGCGCAUCUUUUUGGACCGGCUAAAGCCGAGCCGAUAGAGCAAAUUUCUUUUAUUGUUAUUAUUUGGAAAGUACUGUUGGACGGCCAAUCAAAUCUUUCUAACUUAAUUGCAUGUACGUCUUUCAUUGGCUUCACUUUGGACCCCACUUCCUGCAAUCCUCCAUUUUUUUUUAUUUACGCGGGCCUCCUCUGCUUUAGUUCUUUUGUUGAUUUUUCUUUUAUAUUUAUUUUAAGCUACUGCUUGCCCACCUUUUUUCUGAAUUUAUUGAAACAAAAAAAUAUGAAUCAUUUCUAUUAAUUAAUAAUCCUACUGUUACUAUUUAUCUCUGUUCAAGCAUCGAUAUCCCUCCGUCAUCAAAUCAAAACUAUCAGACUUUCUUUCUGCUUUUAGUGAUCUCCCACAACAGUAAACUUUCCCUGUCGUAGCUUUUAAACUUCAUCUCCCAUUUCUCCCUCUCCAAACUUUUUUUCUUUAUGCCCUAUAAAAGGCCACUUCAAAACUCUCUGGAUGCAACAAUCAUCACCAUCUGCAUCGACUAUUCCUCUGUUUCAUCUCUCUUCUGCAACCAUUUUCACUUUAAAAGAAAACUGCAAAACUCACAAAGAAGAAAACACCCAUUCCAUUUCAACAUUCUAUACGCAGCUGUGUGCAGGUUGUUAAUUAAGAGCAAUCCUGUACAGAGAAAAAUGCAGCUCUCUUUGGCGCCUUCAAUACCACGCUCACUCCCUUCGACACACUUAAAGAUACAGUGCUGCACUCUCACUCAACCUAUAAAACUCGACAAGAAGUCUAUGGAGAUCAACCAUCCUCUCAAGAAUUGGGAACACUUCCUUGACCCAGUUCUCAACGACUCAGUGUCGUCCUGCUCUGCCUCUCGAAGACCCGUUAAACUGGGCAGCAAAUGGAUGGAAUAUCAAGGUAUUCGAAACUGGGAAGGUUUACUCGACCCUCUCGAUGAUAAUUUACGUGCAGAGAUUCUCCGAUACGGAAACUUUGUUGAAGCAGCAUACAAUUCUUUCGACUUUGAUCCUUCAUCACCUGCCUAUGCCACCUGCCGCUUCCCAAAAAGUACAUUGCUCGAGCGGUCUGGUUUGCCUCAAACCGGUUACCGGUUAACCAAACACUUACGUGCUACCUCAGGUAUCCAACUGCCACGUUGGAUAGAAAAAGCCCCAAGCUGGGUGGCAACUCAGUCUAGCUGGAUGGGCUACGUGGCAGUCUGUCAAGACAAGGAGGAGAUUUCAAGGUUAGGACGACGGGAUGUGGUGAUUUCUUACAGAGGUACUGCUACUUGCCUCGAAUGGCUCGAAAAUUUACGAGCCACCCUCGCUAACAUACCUGAUGCGGAUUCUGACACAAAGAUGAGCAGCCCUUGUUCAUGCGGACCAAUGGUGGAAAGUGGAUUUUUAAGCCUUUAUACUUCUAGAACAGCAAUGGGCCCAAGCCUCCAAGAAAUGGUCCGCGAAGAAAUCCAAAGACUUCUACAAUCUUACGGCGACGAGCCUCUUAGCUUAACCAUAACAGGCCACAGUCUUGGUGCUGCUCUAGCAAUUCUCACUGCUUAUGACAUCAAAACUACAUUCAGAAGUGCACCGCUUGUCACCGUCAUAUCUUUUGGCGGUCCGCGAGUCGGAAACAGGAGCUUCCGACAACAUUUAGAAAAACAAGGCACGAAAGUGCUUCGUAUUGUGAAUUCUGAUGAUCUAAUAACAAAAGUACCUGGUUUUGUAAUCGAUGGAGACAAUGACAAUGAGAAUGAAGUUAUAAAGAAGAGAGACGUGAACAUCGCCGGAAUUCCAGGCUGGAUCCAGAAAAGAGUGGAGGAGACACAGUGGGCAUAUGCGGAGGUCGGAAAAGAACUCAGAUUGAGUAGCAAAGACUCUCCGUACAUAAAUAGUGUGAAUGUAGCCACGUGCCAUGAGCUGAAAACGUACCUACACUUGGUGAAUGGAUUUGUAAGCUCAUCUUGUCCAUUUAGAGCAACCGCCAAGAGAGUCCUUGGCAAACAUACUAGAUAAGAAAAUAAGAAAAUGAUCAGUUAGAGUAGGGUUCUUAGCAACAAAGAGAGGUAGCAGAUAGAAGGUGCCAAAAAUGGCGUCCGUACAGCAUGACCCUUUUUUUGUACAUAGAUUGCCUGUCAAUAGUCUUUUCUAACAAAACUACUAUCGUUCCAUUAUUCACUGGAGAAAUAAAAUGCGCAGUGCACAACCCUUCUUUGUACUUA